ACCAUAAACAAAAGCAUCAGUAGCCUGUUAAUUUUUAUAAAUUUUUUUUCAGAAAAAUCCAAAAUAGCUGUCGUCGAACCAAGGAUAAUGCAGUUUGUAAAAACUACUGAAGAAGAUGAAGAUUCAGAGGACAUUGAUGAAUUUGAUGAUGAUGGUGAUGCAGACUUUGAAUAUUGCAGUGCAAGCUCUGAAAGUGACUCGUAUGAAUCAGAUAUAUCUGACGGUGAAUUAAGUGAUAUUGUUCCGUAUCAGAAAAAGAGGCCAGUUUUAGAGUCUUCCAAAAAAGAUAUAAGAGAAUCCAAAUCACAGUCAGUAGCACCUUCUCAGGAACAUACCUCAGUUUCAUCAUCAAUGGCCUUUGUUAACAAAGGUGAAGCUAGCUCUCAUAUUAAGCUUCAUACUGAAGAGGGGGGCUUUGGAAGGGUUGACACAGCAUCUGUGGAACAGAGGGACAGAGCAUCAGUAUCCUCAGCAGGCAGUAGUGCAGCAGAGGGUAGUUUCGACUUGAAAUUUUACUUUAAAAACAUUUCUGUCCAAGUGUAUGAAAGUAAAGGUGGAAAAAGAAAUUAUGCGAAAUCAGAUUUUUGUCUUUUCUGCAAAAAAGAAAUUGAAUCUAAAAUACGAAAUCAUCUUUUUGCCAUGCAUUCUGAUCAGCCACUAGUUAAAGAGGCAAUGACACUGCCAUUGAAGUCAUUAGAAAGGAGAAAAGCCCUCACCAAACUGCAGAAUGAAGGAAACUAUGUUCAUAAUAUUGAGGUACUUAAAAAAGGCAGUGGGAGAUUAGUUGUAAGCAGAAGACCCAAAACAGAAACAGAUGCGAGCAAAUACAUUCCCUGUGAAUACUGUUUAGCCUUUGUCAGCGAAAACCUCUUGUGGCAGCAUGCUUGGAGUUGUCUCUUUAGAGCAUGUGAGAUAGAGUCGGAGAAAAAUUACCUAAGAAAUGGAAAGCUGUUGAUUCAAAAGUUUAUAACACAUAGUGUAAAAGAAAUGGAUGAUCUGAACAAUGAACUGGAUAAGUUACUCAGUAAAAUGAAAGAAACUGCUCGAAAUCCAGGUGUUAAAAACAUAUGUAGUGAAGACCAGUUAAUCAGGGAAUUUGGUUUAUCCUUACUGGAAAGGCUUGGGCUUCCGGAAGAGCAAAGGACCAAAGACCAUGACAAUAUUCGCACAAAACUGAGAAGCGUUGGAAGACUGCUUCAAACACUUAAUGAGGGACAAAUGACUGAUCAAUCUCUCUCCUUUUUCAUACACCCAAGGCAGUUCCAAAAAGUUGUCAAAGCAGUGAAAGAACUUUCCAGGCAAGUAGAUUCACCAAAGUUGGCUUUGAAUUUGGGCAAUUACAUAAAGCAGAUCAGUAUUUUAAAAGGAAGUUUGGCUGUUGAUGAAGAGGAUCCAAGAAAGAGGCAAGAAGCUACUGAUUUCAGAGACCAUUUCAAUGCCCACUGGUCUUCCAGAGUGGCCAGUGUAGCCAACCGAACCAUGAAGUUAAGAGCUUUAAACAAGAAACAGGACAUCCCUUUGACAGCUGACCACGUAAGGCUUCGGAAUUACACGAAAGAUGCAAUAAGUAAAUGCUCUGAUCAUCACAAAAUGACUUACAAAGAGUAUGUGAGGUUUGCAUGGCUGCUGAUAGCUCGGAUUGCUAUGUUCACAAAAAGAAGGAUUUCAGAGGUGGAUGAGCUUACUGUGGAUGAUUUUAAAAACAGGAUCCAUGGGGAGGAUACAGAUGGCAACUCUGAGAUAAUUGAAUCCCUUGACAUUUCCGAGAAAUUGCUCUACAAAAGAAUUGAUUUAAUCGAAGUAAGAGGGAAGAGCACUCGUGCACUGAGAAAGGUAUUUGUCCUUCUAACAGAGGAUAUGGUGAGAGCUAUCAACCAUUUACUUUCCAUAAGAAUAUAUGCUGGUGUGAAGCCCGAUAAUAAGUUUAUUUUUGGACGAAGCAAUUCAUCGAAGUUGGAUGGGUGUACCGCCUUAAGAGAAGUGACUGAAUCUUGUGAAGGUUUAGUCAGACCAGAGCUGAUAAGAACUAGGUUACUACGAAAGUAUAUGGCUACAACAUGUCAGAUAAUGGACAUGAACCCUGAAGAAUUAAAGAUGUUGGCAGACCAUAUGGGCCACUCGUUACACAUACACACAGAUGUGUAUCGCCUUCAAAGCUCUGUCUUGGAGCGAACAAAAGUGGCUAGGCUACUACUUGCAGUAGAAGAUGGACAAGUGGGAAGAUAUAGAGGUCACAGUUUAGAUGCACUUGCUGUAGAUGGUAAGACAUUAUAA